GCAUUAGGAAUAAAGUAUUUAACUUUGAAAUAUACAAAAUACACAUCUCUGUAUAUAAAAAGUGUGCAUGGUACUAAACUAUUAGAUGACAGGCUUGUUGUAUAUUUCAGGUCUAUAUAAUUCAUUGAUGGAAUUAGGAUUGUGUUUGACUUGUCAAACGUUAAGAAGAGCUGGUAAACGUUUUGUUGUAAGUAAACUUUCAAGCAACCAUUUUAAUGACACGAAAAGAAACACUGUUUGUUCUGCUGAAGAGCAAAACAUUCGCAAACAAGGGCAUGCGAUAACUGUAAAACCUGCUGGUUCAGUUUUUAUACCAGGUAUGAAAAUGGCGCCAAGUGUUUUAUUGACUCGAACUUGUCUGAGACAUGAUAUUUUGUUAACAAGAGUACGGGAUUUUUCACAACAUUGUGUUCGUAUUCCUGUACGAAAACUUCAUACUGUAACUACCAAAGAAUGGAUCAAUCAAAGUGAAAUUAUGGAAGUUUUAGAAGCAGCUGGGCUUCCUUAUAAAAAGCGUUAUACCAGUUACGAAACGAUCUGCAAAUCUUGCUUCGAAAACAACAGUGUUGGCGUCACAAAAGCAGGUAGUUUAACCAUGCUAAUCAACAGCCGUAAUGGUGAGAAUAUUUGUCGUAGUUGCGGCGUAACGUCAACAUGGGAGGAUUUUAAAAAAAAAGUGAAAAUGUCGUCCUACUCUAAAAGUGAUACUCUCAAACCUCCUCAAAUCGAUAUCAUUGAGAUUGGCAACGAGUUAAGUGACGAUUGGGUGGACUGGGCACAAGCAGUGCGUCACAAGACACUAAACGAGGUUGACACUGCCGCGUUGUCUGGACUUAAAAUUAACGAAUCAACAUUAAACGCGUUUCACGUAGGAUGCGUUGUGGAGGAGGGUUGCUGUAGUUUAUUAUUUCCAUACUACGACAUAACAAGGACACGUUUAGUCGCACUGAAAAAAUACGACAUUGCUUCGCAGAAAUGGUCCGUGCUGAAAAAACAAAAACAACUUAGUUUAUUCGGCUGGAAAAACGUACGCGAUGAAGGGAAGAAAGUUGUGCUAACAUCGAACGAAUUCGAUUGCUUAGCUAUCACGCAAGCAACUGGAAUUCCUUCUUUGGCGUUGCCAUUAGGAGCUUCGACGCUACCACCAGAAUGUUUACCGUAUUUAGAGCAGUUUGAUGAGAUUCUGAUGUGGUAUCGGAAUGAAUACCAAGCGAGACAAAACAUACAUCGAUUUGCCGCUAAAUUAAGUUUGUCUCGAUGUUUUAUGGUUUCGUCAAGUUCUGCCGCGUACGAUGUCCUAAAUAAAUAUGGCGACGAGGCUGUGGAGAAGGUUCUGCACAGUGCUCAUCCCUUGUCGCACGACCAUAUCAUAACUUUUAAAGAAUUGAGCAGUGAGUUAUACAGCGAUUUGAUGAACACGAAGCAAAACGCGGGCAUUCCUUUUACCAGAUUUCCUGUGUUGAACGAAUAUUUAAAAGGGCAUCGUAGAGGGGAACUGACAAUUUUUACAGGACCUACAGGUUCUGGAAAAACAACAUUUUUGAGCGAACUGUCUUUAGAUUUAUGUAUGCAAGGAGUUCGAACGCUGUGGGGGAGUUUUGAAAUAAAAAAUAUCAGACUUGCUAAUAUAAUGAUGCAUCAGCUGUCAGGUUUAGCGCUAGAAAACCACAUGUAUAAAUAUGAUGACUGGAGUGAAGAAUUUGAAGCUUUACCUAUGUAUCUUAUGAACUACUACGGUGCAACCGAACUCAAACAAGUGAUCGAAACCAUCAAGUACGCGGUUUACACCUAUGACAUAGAACACGUGAUUAUUGAUAAUUUGCAAUUCAUGACCACGGUUUCCAGCGGAGAAGAUCGCUUUCAACUCAUGGACAAGGCUAUUGCGGAAUUCCGUAAGUGUGCGUCAGAUUAUAACGUACAUAUAACUGUCGUCGUGCAUCCCCGCAAAGAAAACGAUGGCAGCAUUUUACAGACAGCAUCCAUUUAUGGCUCAGCGAAGGCCAGUCAAGAAGCAGACAAUGUGUUGAUUCUACAGAAUUCAGAUAAACUUUCCAUGCAGGUAUCAAAAAACCGGUUUUGUGGCUCCAUUGGUGUAAUACCGUUAAGUUUUCAUCCGGAAUCUUUAUGUCUAUCCGGGUUUCAUCGAAAUGUAGCAACUGGAGAAGCAAUAUUACCGGCGUUAAAAGUGAAAAGACCGGUGCAAAAUCUUAAAAUAGUUAGAAAACCGCAAAAGUAUUAGAUAUAUAUUAUUUUCGUGUUUUGUAUUUUUUUGUAAUUUUUAUACAUCAAUUAUAUUUUCAUAAUUAUCCCUUGAAAGCAGAAGUAUAGACUUUA